CGGCUGGCCAUGGGGCAGGGGCAGGCUGCUGAUGAAAUCCGGGCGCGGGUGGCGUCCCUCGCCAGGUCUCCUGCCGGGGCAGGGCUGAGGGGCGUGGGCCGGGGUGAGGCUUCUUCCCCCCGCCAUCCUGCCACCGGAGGCGGGGACCCUGGCGAUCCCCGCCUGUGCCAUCCCGCAGCAGGAGGGGGUCGGGGGAAUACGGGGCUCCCCAAGGAGCAGACCCCCCCCCCCAGGGCCCGAGUCGUCACUUCUGUAGCUGCUGCCCAAAGCGUGGUCCUGGCCUGAGGGCUCAGCUGCUAAUGCGUGGCACGUCUUGGCCACUGUACCCAGCUAGGAUCAGAGCAGCCCCCCUUCCCGAGAUCUCCCCGGAACGGGGGCGCCUCCUAGCGCUUGCUCCGGGGGGGAGCGCUUUCAUCAACGCACCCAGUUGGCGGAAGCGCAUGGCGGGGCCCCCUGGGGGAGCGGAGUGGUUGAUGAACCCGUACGGCGGCGAUUUCCUGCCGCCAUAGCCAUGGCCGUCCGCAGGGUAGCUAGGACCGGGCUAAACGGGCUCUUCGCUGUGUACAAACCUCCCGGGGUGGCUUCGAUUAGGGUGCGGGACAUCGUGGAGACUCUGCUCCUGAAAGAACUGAACUCUCUGGAACAGCCAGCUGUGCAGCAGCAAGUACGCUUCCUGCCCACUACUAUAGAAGGAAAUGCUGGGAAAGAGCUGACCCUCGCUGUUACCCAGUUGCCUGUCCUGGCUGCCCACCCACUAGUUAGAGGACCAGAGCUCACUCACUUGAAAAUCGGAGCAGGUCACCGUCUGGAUACAAAGUCAUCUGGAGUGUUUGUGCUUGGAGUGGGCCAUGGGAACAAGCUGCUCACUGAUAUGUACAACGCCCAUCUUACUAGGGCUUAUACUGUUCGUGGACUGUUUGGCAAAGCCACAGAUGACUUCUCAGACACAGGCAAGCUAAUAGAGAAGACCACAUUUGAUCAUGUCACGAGGGACAAGCUGGAGCGGAUUCUUGCUGUCAUUCAGGGAACCAAUCAUAAAGCUCUGCUGAUGUACUCUAACAUUGACCUGAAAACUCAAGAGGCCUACGAGCUGGCUAUUGAAGGUUUAAUUCGCCCGAUGGAAAAAACCCCUCCAUUAAUCACAGCAAUUCGAUGCCUCCAAUUUGCACCUCCAGAAUUCCAACUAGAUAAUGUAAUUGAACAUAAAUUCCUUUUUCAAAUCCUACUGAACUUCUGGUCUCAGCGAUAUCUUGUGGACAAGAAUUCUACAGAAAUCCAGUGUUUGCAUGAGACCCAGCAGUACCUCCGAAAAAUAGUUCACGAGAUUGGCUUGGAGCUGAAAUCAACUGCUGUGUGCACCCAGGUCCGGCGGACACGGGAUGGCUUUUUCACUCUAGACAAUGCUCUCCUGCGAACGCAUUGGAACCUGCAGAAUAUCCGGAAUUCAAUUCAAGACUCUAAGAUCAAAGUGAAACUGGAGCUUCAGAGAAACUUGGGCCACCAAGCUAGGAGUGGUAAAAGACACACCAAUAUGGAUCAGGUUGCAGCGAGUGAACUGCACAGUACAGAGGGAACGUCUGCAAGCGAUCUGACUCAUAAAAUGAGAUAACCACAUGCUGACUGAAAAGUGGAGAGUAAUAGGAAGGGAAAAUGGUGGUUGCAGUCCACAACUAGCCCUUCCUUGGGGUGGUCCUUGAUUUAGCAAGGGUUGCUUAUGUUUUCAUUCAGGCAAGGCAUUUCUCCAUUGAUGGGCAGAAUAAUUUUUGUAAGUAUUGCACAACACUGCAGCAAAACUGUUGACAUCUGAGAUGAGCAUACAUUUCCUUGCAAAGCCAAAACUGCUACUGACUUCAGUGGGAAUGUCAAGUUUGGUGAAGGAUGUAAGAGUGGGCCCUUAAAUUAGUUUAGAAGUGGAAAUACAACCAGUGUGUUGCAGGCUUUACUACUUUUAUUCUCUUUAUGUGCCUUGUGACAGAGUAUGACCUAAGUGGUUCUUUUCCAAUUAACUAAUUUUUUUUAUUAUGACACUUUCUAUAGAUCAGCCCCAUUUUCAAAUACAUGAAAGGAGUAAAGAUUAAUUGUUCAAACCAAGAAAGGGUUCUGCUUAGGGGAAACUGCAGUGUAAGCAACUAAGACUAAAGUGGUGAGGUAAUACUAUUUCUCAUGCAGGGUAACUAAUAUCUGGAGCAGGUUAGUCAGAAAGCCAGUUAAAACAAGAGGAGGGAGAGGUAGGCUUAUAAUAGAGGACUGGAGUAGGAUGUAAAAACAAGAAGUUGAAAUGGGGUGAAUUUAAAAUCCUAGGUAAUAUAUUUUAUGGGGAAAGAUGCUGUUAUCUGAUACUCAAACUUAAGUCAACAGGGCCAAAAGCCCCUGCAUUUUGUUUGCAUGCAUCUGUAGUCAUCCGUGAUGUAUUUUUUCCUGCAGCAAAAUUAUACGUUACCUUCAAAGAGAAACAGUAAGGAAGUACAGCUUUAGAAUUCACUGAGAUUCCAUUAGUGCUCAUUUAAAGCUACAAAUCAUUAUUUUACAUAAACGAUGACAGUUACAUUAGCAAUCAGCUAAUAUAUUUCUGAAAUGUAUAGGGCUCAAAGUGUGAUGCCAAGAUGUACUAAAGGAUUGCAAUAUAAGAUUUUGAUGGAGUGCCACUCAUUAAUAUCUAGGUUAUGCUUUGCAGUGAGAAAUCUCCUCUCACGUGAGGGCUCAAAAUUAGGGGUAACACCCCUCAUUUUAGAAUCUAAAAAUAUUUUAAAUAUAAAAGUGAUGGUGCAUUGGUUAUUACCAUAGUGAAGAUUACCUUCUCCCCCACGCUUCAUUAGAAAUAUCUUGCAGA